CGAAAGACCAAGGUGCGAGGACAGCGUCGAGAUCUAUAGAUUCGAAAAGGAGUGCACUUGCAGCAUCCGCACAAGCUGCAAAAGCAGCAUCACCAGCAGCGUCAGCAGAAGCUGUUCCUUCCCUAGAAGCCCUUCUUUUACAAAAUACCCAGAUGGAACAAAGAGAAGCUUUCGAGAAUAAGAGGGAACAGGUAUUGGCUGAUAUGGAAAGGGAAAGACGGAUUUUGGAAAACGCCAAGAAAAGGGAAGCGGAGCAAAAAGAGAGAGAACAAUCUCAAUCGGCUGAAAUCGCCGCUCACUUCAAAGAAGAACACGCGAAGGCAAUGCUGAAAGUGAAACCGACGUUGGAAAUGCCUAAGAGACCCGAGCCACCGGCGCACUUCGGAGGAGGGAAAUCCAAAUCAAGUAGCAAAAACACGGGUAGUAAAGACAGGAGCAGAAGUAGGCCAAAAUCGAAAGAAGGAGACGAUCUUGGUGGAGGUGAAGCGAACGGAGAUAAUUCACCUGGCGAAGAGAAACACACAGAAAAUGCGGCAAAUACCGAGGAGCAGGAUAAAUGUUAUGUUGUUGACUUUGAGUUUGAUGAAUUCAACAUAACUACUAGUCUUCUACUUUUGUACUUUUGCCAAGCUGCAUUCCUCUAAUCCCCGAACGACAACGGCGAAGACGCGUGGUACAACAAAAUGAAGCCUGGAGGUCGUGGGGGUGGCGUCGCUCUAGACGUCAAUUAUUUUCAAGACGUGAUGACCAGCAACGCACUUGCAGCGAGGUCAGGAGGCACCAGCUCACUGGAUGUAGGGCAAAUGAAGAGCACUGGUGUUGGUCAUGUUUCUUUAACUACAGCUGGAAACAAAGGAGCUGCAGGAGAAAGUACUGAAGCCCCGAGUGAUAGUGAUGCAACGCAAACACCGGAGGAAACGGCACAACAUAUACAAGCAAAGUUUGAAGCACAAAGGAGUCCAACUGCCUCUAUUAUGACGGCUGGGGUGAGGAGGGAAAAAGUUCGUCGUCGUGGAGACUAUAAAAGUACCGUUGCUGGCUUAAUUCCAGCAGAGCACGUCGAAGCAGCGCAAAGCCAUCAAGCACAAGCACAAUCAAAAAGUGGUGACAAGGUUCUAGACGUCGCCAAGAUCCUACAUGAGGUCCACUUCGAGGAAACUAAAUGCCAUAAAGCGACAAAUCUAGGCUUGAAUAGCCAUCACAGUCCGACGAUGCGCAAGAUCAUGGAAUUGCGGUCAGCUCCUGUAGACAUUACCGAAGAUGCUCGAACCGACCCCUACCUAGUGACCCGCAACAAGAGCUGUCGUCAUCCUGGCGUCUUUGCAGGGGAAGAGUCUUUGGUCUACGAAGAAAUUUCUCGGCGACAGCAUUCACCUGCGAAGGAGAAAGAAGAGGUCAAGGCAGAAGGUACGCAGGAAGCUAGGGCUCAAAGGGCAAGGGAUAGGGAAUAUCGAAUUAAAAGGCGAACAUAUGAAAUGGGUAGAGCGGGUUUAGAACCACAAGGAGCGUUUCAACUGCGCUAUUUAGUGGAUCACAGGAAAGCGGCAGUAAGGAAUGAGCCAGUUCCUCCGAUAUUUGGGCCUUUGCAAAUUGCAGAGAGACUACUGGACUUGCCGCCAGAAGCCACAGGGUCUAUUGGAAACCGAUUGCGCGGAGAACUCCUCACUGACAUCAUGGAAGGACAGGGCCCGACGGGAACCAAGUACUAUCUGCAGACGAAGGAGGACGUAGUGGAUGACUCAGCGAUGAAGAUGAACAAGCACUCCUCGUCAAGUAGUCAUUCACAUGGGUCUCCUGGGAACAAGAAGAAGCAAUCCUCCUGUUCGCCUGCUGAGGCUUCUGGCGCUGGGUCAAGGCCAGGAUCGUCUCAAAAGAGGUCACGCGGAUUGGGGAAACGAUCCAGAAGCAGCAGUAGGGUUUUCGAUGAGCAGGGGGAGAAUACUCUCGAACGAUCGACAACACCUGUGAAAGACAAUAUUAGUCUCGCAGCUGUUUUAGCAUCUUCUAAAGUCGGUAAUGCUAGUGGUACGCGAGGAGGUGGAGGUACAAGUGGAGCUAGAGGAGGUCCACAAGAACAAGGGUCUUCAACGCCUGCUCUCGCCAUCGAGAAUGCAUCUACCUCGAACCGUAUCAGUGGAACCCCCAUCGUUCUUGGAAACAUGUAUAACGCCGGGUUUACUACUCCAAGUCCCAACAAAAUUCGCGGCCGUCCUGGAUCCUUUGAGGAAGGUGGAAGUUCCUCUCGUGGAAGCAGCGUCUCUUCAGCCUACACACCCAAGAUGUCUAGUGUAGGAAGCAGUCCCAGC